UCCCGGAGGUGUGGGCCGGGCGCUCGGGUCCUGUGGCAGAGCCCAGAGGCACCUGCAGAGACCGAGGCGUGUCGUGAAACCUGAUGCCUCACCUCCCCGAUGUGGAGGCGGAGGGAGGGCCGAAAGACAUGUCCGUGCGCGCUCACUGCAGCUGAGAAGGCAGGAGGAAGCUCGCUGGAGCCUCUCUGACCAGCACAGGAGGCCUCACUGUCCUGCUCUCACCCCAGAAGCCCUCCCGUACACCAGGACUCUGGGGGGGUGGCAGUCCCACACCCGCCGGGCGAUGAACAUCACAAGGAGAAGAGGCUUCUACAGACAGGAGGUGAACAAAACGCUCUGGGAGCUGCCCAGGAGAUACACGUCCCUCCACCCGCUGGGGUCUGGAGCCUACGGCUCAGUGUGUUCGGCCAUAGACAAGAAGACAGGGGAGAAGGUGGCUAUCAAGAAGCUCUGCCGCCCAUUCCAGUCAGAGAUCUUUGCCAAGAGAGCAUACAGAGAGCUCAUGCUGUUGAAGCACAUGCAACAUGAGAAUGUCAUUGGGCUUCUUGAUGUCUUCACCUCUGCUGCUUCCUACCAGGGCUUUCAGGACUUCUACCUGGUGAUGCCAUACAUGCGGACAGACUUACAAAAGAUCAUGGGACAUGAAUUCAGUGAUGAAAAGAUCCAGUACCUGGUCUACCAAAUGCUGAAAGGGCUAAAGUAUAUCCAUUCAGCUGGCAUCAUACACAGGGACCUGAAGCCAGGCAACCUGGCUGUGAAUGAAGACUGUCAGCUGAAGAUCUUGGAUUUUGGCUUGGCCAGACAUGCUGAUGCUGAAAUGACCGGCUACGUGGUUACGCGCUGGUACAGAGCCCCAGAAGUCAUUCUGAACUGGAUGCAUUACAACCAGACAGUGGAUAUCUGGUCUAUUGGCUGUAUCAUGGCAGAAAUGCUGACUGGGAAAACGCUGUUUAAAGGAAAAGACUACCUGGAUCAGCUGACUCAGAUCCUGAAAGUAACGGGGCACCCAGGAGAAGACUUCGUGGAGAAGCUGGAGGACAAAGCGGCCAAGAGUUACAUCAAGUCCCUCCCUAAAAUCCCCAAGAAGGAUUUGUCUGUGCUUUUCCCCAGAGCCAAUCCUCAGGCAGUGGACCUGCUUGACAAGAUGUUGCAGCUGGAUGUGGAGAAGCGCAUGACAGCCACGGAAGCGUUGGCUCACCCCUAUUUUGACCAGUUCCGAGACGUUGAGGAGGAGACAGAAGCACAGGAGUCUUACGACGAUUCUCUGGAACACGAGAAGCUUUCCAUAGAUGAGUGGAGAACCAGCCUGGGAUUCUAUGCAGAUUUUGCUGUUAGCAAAAGCAAAUACAAGUCCCGCUUGCUUCAGGGCUGUGAAGUCUCCUCAGCAUCUGUCCUUCUGCUGAGUACACUUCCAGGAAACACCUUGUGUUUCAGGGACUGGGUUUCUCUGCAGGUUUUCUCUUUUGAGAGUUCCUUCUGAAACCUCAAGAGCAAACCCCAACAGCCGGUGUGUGGGUUUCAUCAUUCCCCCACCAACCCCAUGCAGUGAGGGCACACUGUCCAAAAGCCAAACCAUUCCUCUGCAAUUCCCAGUAUCCUGACAAAUGCAGGGAGCUGGUGCUCUGCAAGCCCACAGCGCUGGAACUGUGCUUGGGUUUGUGGUAUGCACCAGGCAAGAACUCAGCAUAGAUGGCAGGAAAUGGAGCAGGUUGGAGUGGAAAGAGUCUCUCUCUGUGAAGACCAACCAUCCCAGGGCUCCUGCAGCAUCUGACGACUCACUGCAGUGAAGAGGAAUGAGCUGCUUAAAAGGGAAACAAAAAUCACGCUCACAUUUCAUGAAAGGAGAUUGAAAAGCAGCCAGUCACCCCAAGUGGUGAGUCAAAUAGUCCAGACUCCACUCAAGAAACGGGGAGCCCCUGACAGACCCCAUUAGGCAAAGAAGAAAUCCUCUUGUGCCAGCUGGCUGACCUGCAUACUUUUGUUAGGUUUUUUUCCCCCUUGCAUAGUUUACAUACUUAAAAAUACAAAAGUGAGUGAUAAAACUCAUUCAACCAUUAAGUGAACAUUCAAAAUCCCAUAAAUGAGGCUGGCCAGAAUUAAGUUUCCUGUAUGUAUGAAGGAUGUGUGAUAAAAAUGGGGACGGAUCGAAUGUUUGUCUCACCUAAUGUGCAAAUGUUUCUCUUGAAAUACUAUUUACUUGGUUUUCCUACAUUUAUUUCUGAGAUUAUUAUCUCAGCUUUAGUUCUACUUGCAAAGUGAAGCCUUUACUAUAGCAAAUCCUUCUGUGUAAGACUUGUUGCCAGCUAGUUAGGUGUGUGAAGUUGCAGUUUUAUGGGAUGGAUUUAUUAGGGACUUCCAGAUGUAAGUGGGAAAGAAAAAGCAGAUGAAGCAACGAUUACUAUUACUUUAUUUUUAUUUUUCCUUUCUUAAGAGACACCACAAAAUGACCAGGAUUGUUUUUAAGAGAUAUGAUGUUUACAAUGCUUUAGGCACCAUCCAGAAACCUUUUGGUGUGGAGUUGUGAAACCAUCUCCAGCCUCUUAGAAAACUGCAUGCUUGCCCUAUAGGAAAUGGUUGGACUUGAUGAUCUAUAAAGGUCUUUUCCAACCUGGUUGAUUCUCUGAUUCUGUAAAAACAUCUGAGAAUCUGGUUUCCUGUUGAACCUUUUCACAUUCUAGGUGCAGACUAAACAAAUAAUUUCCAGGUUUGAAGUGUCUGAUAAUGGAAGAGCAGAAAAACCUAGAAAAUAAUGAAUACAACUGAGAACUCUAGUGAGAUAUCCCCAGAGGCUGGGACGCUCAGCAAGUCUCUGAUGACUCUGAGCUGUGUGGUGCAGUCAACAUGCUGGAGGGAAGGGAUGGGAUGGGAUCCAGAGGGGCCUGGACAGGCUGGAGAGGUGGGACCAUGGGAACCUCAUGGAGCUCAUUAAGUGCAAGCUGUUGCCCCUGGGUCGGGGCAGUCCCAAGCACAAACUCAGACUGGGGGAGACUGGAUGGAGCAGCCUGAGGAGAAGGACGUGGGGGUGCGGUGUUGGGUGUGGAGAAGCUCCUCAU